AGAAAACUUGCGCAGUACUCCAUAUACAUUGUAUUACGGUUAUUGAGGUAUAUUAAAGAUCAUCGCAGACUAAUCCCGUUUGGUAAAUUCCGCAUAUCAUAUUGUCGAUGAUAAUGUGAAAUUGGUAUUUGCGUAUAACCAACUCAGCCAGCACCGUAUAAUUUCAUAACAUCAUAACAUUGGCAACGGGUCGAUUGUUCGUAGUUUCUACAGUUUGUUACAUUUGAUACUCCGUUAGUAGACGUGAUGAUGAAUUGGUGUGCAAAAGAGUAAUAGUGCAACAAAACGUUCAGUGAGAAAUACAUGGAUGAGUUGCGCUCAUCCAAGUACGGUUCAAUUGCUGGUUAUUCUGGAAUUAGUAAGAACAACAUGGGAACUGAUUCGAGUAAUCAAUCCAAAACACUUCCGCAGUACAUUGCAGCUUUAUCAGUAUGCAUGGGCGCUGUAGCAGCCGGCACAGUGCUAGGCUGGACGAGCAAUAUCUCAGAAAAACUCAAAGCCAAAGAACUGAACGGUAUCUUAAUUGACACCGAAGAGCUAGGAUGGAUCGGAUCUUUAGCGACCAUCGGUGCCAUGCUGAUGUGUUUUCCCAUCGGGAGUAUAUGUGAUUUUAUUGGUAGAAAAUGGGGAUGUAUCAGCACAGUGGUGCCGUUCACCCUUGGCUGGGGGCUGAUCAUCUGUGCUAAUGGCACCGGGAUGAUCUACGCUGGGAGAUUUCUUACAGGUUUGGCAGGAGGAUCAUUCUGCGUAGCAGCCCCAAUCUACACAAGCGAAAUCGCCCAAAAAGAAAUCCGAGGGACCCUAGGUAGCUAUUUCCAACUUCUCCUCACCGUAGGCAUUCUGAUCGCAUACGUUGCUGGGGCCUACAUGCCUGUCAAGGCCUUUUCUAUCCUCUGUGCCAUGAUUCCCAUAGCAUUCGCUGUCAUCUUCUUCUUUCAACCGGAAACGCCUGUCUACUUCAUGAAGAACAACAAACCUGAUGAAGCCAGAAGCGCCUUACAAAGGCUCAGAGGUUCUGACUAUAACUGCGAUAAGGAAAUCCAAGACAUCAAAGCUAGCUUGGAACAAAACAACGAAACUUCUGUUUCGUUUGUCGAUGCCUUGAAGAUGAAAGCUAGCAAGAAGGCUUGCUUGAUCUGUUUCGGUCUGAUGAUGUUUCAACAGCUAAGCGGUGUAAACGCUGUUAUUUUCUUUACCGGUAACAUUUUUGAAUCUGCUGGAUCAACGCUACCUUCUUCUAUAGCUACUAUUAUUGUAGGUGUUGUUCAAGUUAUAGCUACGUUCCUUUCUUCUGUAUUUAUUGAUAAGUUUGGAAGAAAGAUGUUGUUACUGGGCUCCAUAGCCUUCAUGAUGUUGUCAGAGUUUGUUCUAGGAAUCUUCUUCUCACUAAAAGACCGUGGUCUUGUUAGUCCUGAAACUGCAAGUAAAAUUGGAAUUCUUCCAGUACUUUGUCUCAUAGUCUUCAUCUGUGCAUUUUCCUUAGGAAUUGGCCCAAUCCCUUGGUUGAUCUCAGCUGAACUCAUGCCUCCGGAGAUUAAAAGUGUAGCUUGUUCAGCGGCAGCUACUUUCAACUGGCUCUUAGCGUUUAUUGUCACCAAGAACUAUGCAAGUCUUCAGAUAGCCAUUGGAGGAGACUCUACUUUCUAUAUUUUCUCUAGUAUUUGUUUCAUGGGCAUCUUCUUCAUCUACCUCAUGGUGUUUGAGACCAAAGGAAAGUCUGUUGCCGAGGUUCAGGCUAUUUUGAACGGUGAAAAGGUAGAUGUCAACGAUGGUAAGGCUGGUAUUGAUAACCCAGCGUAUAAGUGAACAAAAGAUUUGUGGAGAAGUUUAAAGAUGCCAAGAGACACAUACUUACCACAGGAAAUAUAAGAAAUGUAUUCUCAGGAUUUCGAAAAAAAUAUAAUAGGACUAUAGAAGUUUAUAUAUCAGAAACAGUUUUGUAUGCUUUGAUUUCAAAACUCCAAAUGUUGUGUUUAGAUUUAGCUGUCCAAGUUGUAUAUUUUUUAUCACAGUUGACGAUUGACAUAUUAAAAAGACCACUCGUUCUAAAUUUUAGCUGUGAAAUAAUUCCUUCUUUUUCUGUUUUUUUUUUGUUUAGUUGCUAAAAUGAAUUAUAAAUAUAGGAGGCUGUCUAACAUGAUAUUUUUCUAAAUCUUUUAUGUGGUAAAUAGUGAGUCGAUUGUACCUGAUGUCUUAAUAUUUAGCAUAACAGUGUAGGCUACGUUAUCGCCAUAUAUAAGUAUAUGUAUUUAUUUUAAAAUAAGACUAAUGUUUUAAAAUUCCUGUUAUUUGAGAUUCAUGGUGUCUAGUAGUUGUACUGUCUUUCAUAAUCAAUGUGUGAUAUGUAAUUUCUACGUUACGCACAGUGUUUCCUCAUAUAUACACUGUGAUACACUGUAUGUGUAAAACAGUCAUUGUACGUCCCAAGAAUUGGCAACAUUGCUUAAACUACUGUGGAAGUUUGCCUUGCUUGGUUGUACAUUAUUGUGGUAUACAUACGUUAUAUGUUGUAACUUUUAAUGCUGAUAGUUUUUAUUGAUACGUAUACAAAUGGAGAAAAUUCAAAAUUAGACAGUUCGUAAAAACUAUUACUGCUUUUUCCAUGAAUUAAAUAUAUGUUUUCUGUAUGCUUCUAAGUCACGCUUGUCCAGUUUUGGCUUUUUCCACCAGUAUGGAUAUUCCUUGCACAUGUAUUGUGACCGAUAUAAAUUACUACGUGUUUUAGAGAUAUAUUUUUGUGUUACAUUUAAGAAGAGUUUUAAUAAAUGUUUCGUAUGUUGUUUCGUUUAAGUCAGUUCUUCCUUAAAACAUCCGAUAAAUAAUAUAUAUACUAAGUGACAUAUAAAUCCGAACACCCAGUUUAAAUGGUUUUAUUUUAAUAAAAUUUUGUAUAUGUACUUAAUGAAGC